AUGGAAGGUGAAAACUCAGGAGGAGGAAAGAUCUGGAACGGUUUAGUACGCUACUUUUACCAGAAGAUUAGUCCAUCACAACUCUUAGCCAUAAUGAUCCUCGUGGGCUUAUGUUCCAACGAUCGAGAAGCCACCGACCUCCUCGAACCUGGAAAUGAUUAUGGUAGUUUUCUACAUAUUACCCCAUAUUUCGGAAAAGUUGGUGGCUUUUGCUACGAGCGUAUCAGAGUCAACGAUAUCACCACGUUCAUGAGACAAACCAAAUGGGGAGCUCAGUAUGCCGAUGCCGUAACGGAGAUUCACGAACGCCGCCAGAGAAACCAAAGUGCUCCCGGAUCGACUGAUCCCAACCCCGGCGAGGAAGGAAAUGCCCCACUGCUAACGGAUCCAGUAACGGAAGGUCAAAUAGCAAAAUAA